AGCGCCGCCAGUGGCCACACUCGCCGCUCAACCAGCUCCGCGCUGCCGUGCGUUGUUGUUUAUGGUGGCAGCUGAUUCCCAGCUCGUCUGCGAGCAGCUAUAGUAAAGAGGUGAGCAGCUUUAGUAAAGAGGUGAGCAGCUAUAGUAAAGAGGUGAGCAGCUUUAGUAAAGAGGUGAGCAGCUAUAGUAAAGAGGUGAGCAGCUAUAGUAAAGAGGUGAGCAGCUAUAGUAAAGAGGUGUGCAGCUUUAGUAAAGAGGUGAGCAGCUUUAGUAAAGAGGUGAGCAGCUUUAGUAAAGAGACUCCCCCCCCCCUCGUCUCGGGAGUGGUGGAGGCCACGUCCUCAGCGGCCACGUCUCAAGAGCGGAGCGGACGGGGCCUGGUAUCCGGCUCCAUUAUUAACCCCUUGACUACCAGCACCACCACCAGCACGCUCCUCAUCCUCCUCCUCCUCUCCUCGGCUGCCUCCGCGUUGGCAACACAAGGACACGGGGGACGAGAACCGUAGAGAGAUCGAGAGAAGGGCGUUCGCCAGGCGGCAUGUCGGGCGCCGUGGAGCGUCUGGACGUGCUGGUGCGGGACUUCCUCGUGUUCCGAGGCUUCGCCGCGACCCUCCGGGCCUACGAGGCCGAGCUGCGCGGGGACCGCGACCGCGGCCUCCGGGCCGAGCGGCUCCUCGAGCAGCUGCAGCUGUGCGUGAGCUCGCUGGACCUGCAGUCACUACGUGAUCUGUGGGCUCACCUGGAGAAGCGACUCUUCUCGCGCCUCGAGCACGCGCACCUGCUCACCACGUGCAAGCUGCGCACGGGCGUGCUGCGAGCGUACGUUGCGCACAGCGUGCAAGCCGGCCGGCCUGACAAGACGCUCGAGUUCUUCCAGCGCGUGGGCCCCGAGCUGCACGGCUCCUCCGAGUGGAGGGAGUGGUUUGCUCUUCCAUUCCUGCCCAGCCCAGAGACGCAUUCCACCUUCAGCGCUUACUUCACGAAGCAGUGGAGCGACACCCUCUGGCUCUCGCUACACAACUUCUUGAGCGUUCUGCUGCACACGAUGCCGGUGCCCAGCUUGUUGUGUUUCGACUCCGAGGUGCAGAGGAGCAACAUUUUGCAAGAGGAGAACGAGGCUUUGAGGUUCAAGCUGUAUGGACAGGUUGAGGCUCAGAAACCCAGGAAACUGGCCGACGUGCCUUCCGUGCGAGCGGGCGAAGCCGACGUGGCCGUUACUGCGGAGCAGAAGUCUCGGCAGGCGUCUGGAUCCGCUCAGAAAAGCUCUUCGGUGAAGAAACAAACGACGCCCUUGCGCAAAGACGCCGCGGUGUGCGAAAGUGGGCGCAGUGGCGGUGCGCGCGACGGGCGGCAGACGGAGCGUGCGCGCCGCAAUGGGCAGUCGGAGCGGGAAUCCCGUCAGCAGCUUCUCAAGCCGUCCGCCCUCGGCGUGGAGAAACGGCCCGACUCGGAGCAGAGCGCAACAGACUCUCCCGGCAAAGCGGAGGCGCAGAGUAAAGCAUCCGCCACCGCCGUCGCCGCUUCGGGAGCAGCGCGUAUCAAUCGCGAAGAAGCCUCCCAGCAGCCCUUCCUCGUGCUCUGCCAAGAGGAGUAUUCCGAGCACCAUUCGCCCAUAAUGCACUGCAAGUUCGACGCGUCAGGGAGCCGGGUGGCGAGUGUGGAUGUGGAUGGGGUGGUGAAGGUGUGGUCCUGCAGCCCGACCCCCCAGACGCACACCACGGUCAUGGCCAAGUCUCCGCUCCUGUCGCUCGAGUGGGCGACCAAGCCGCACCGUCUCCUGCUGCUUGGCAGUGGCAUCGGCAGUGUGCGCUUUUAUGACACCGACCAAAAGAAGUCCGUGGCGGACGUCACCCUGGACAUGGCAUACCCGCGCGUGCUGGCGCUUGCCUGCAGCCCCACGGGCGGCUCGUUCGUGUGCGGGGCUGCCGCCAGCGCCCACGGCAACGGGACGUCGCCUCCGGAAGCGGCCGGGGGGUCCGCCACACGGGGCCAGCUGUCUCUGUGGGACGCGAAGACGCUGCGUCAGCAGCACCUGUUCACGCUGGACCCCGAGCCCGUCGCCAUCACCUGCGUGUCCUUCAACCACAACGGGAACCUGCUGGUGUGCGGGGCGACCGACGGCCUGAUCCGCCUGUACGAUGUGCAGCGCUACGACUGCCUAAUGAGCUGGCGCGCGCACCACGGCGAGGUGUGCUCGGUGGAGUUCAGCGGCGACGAGACGGGCGUGUUCAGCAUGGGCGCAGACGGAAAGUUCACGCAGUGGCACCUGCAGCGCGAGGGCGCGCGCGUGGCCGAGCUGGAGGUGCACGCCGACGCCGCGGGCCCCUUCGAGGUGUGCGGCUGCAGCGGGUACAAGCAGACGCACGCGCCCCGCGGGCGGCUCUUCGCCUUCGAGCCCUCGUCGGGGCAGCACGUGCUCACGUGCUCCGCGCACGGAGGCAUCGUCUACCGCCUGGAGUCGGGCUCGCUCUCGCCGUGCCUCACGCUGGGCGGGCAUCGCGCCCCUGUGGUCACCGUAGAGUGGACCACGGCUAUGGACUGCGGCAUGUGCCUCACCGCGUCAAUGGACGGCAAGAUACGCGUGUCGACGCUGCUGGCGCAGUAGAGUGGCGCGCCCACAUCCCGCGGUGUCGCACCCCGGCGUUACUCUCGGCACGACGACCACCUGCACGGUGAUGCGUCGCAUGACACGCCGACACGUCGCAAAGCACCACAACGAUCGGCGCCGCACACCACACGCCCACGCCACAGUACCCAACGUAAAACAAACAUCUCCAUAAGCAGAGCCCUUCAUGGACCGACACACUCGGCACAUCACUCUUGUCACGUUAUUCACGCUCGCCGCAUGCCUUGCACGCAAUAUAUGACCGUGCGAUGCAGCUCUGUUGUCCUCGGACAGGAUAAAUCUCGGUCCGGUCAUGUUGUACAUCUGUCACGUCUUCGCUGACAGCUCCUGCUUACCAAAAGCACGCGCGCCAGUGCAGGGAAAUUCAUCUGUGAACGGUUUGUGUUUGUCCAUAUCUGAGGAUCUCGCUGUUUGCUGCUUCAUGCAGGAACUUCAGUCAAGCUGCAAUGUUGCAUUUCACAUUUACGCAAGCAUUGGUUUAAAAUUAAGCCUCAAUGAAAGAUCGCUUCUUUGGUCAGUGGGCACUGGUAAUCUUUUAGGAAUGUGUUACGAGCGUUCCUCCAUGGUUUAUUCUCUCGCUUCUUCGACAAGUUGUUAGCGUUGAAUGAUUUUUUUAGAGGUUUUCUUUUUUUCCCCAAUGCCUACGAAUUGCCGAUCAAUUCCCCGCAUUAACACGAAACUACUCGCCGUGCUGGGCUGGGCAUCUCGCACAGCGGGCGCCUCGGAUGUUGCCACGAGGUGGUGCCACAUAAUGUCGGUAAAUCCACAAUGGGGACAAAAUGUGAGCGUUCCCGGCCGUUGGAUGUCGCCACUUCCGAGGCAAAUGAAUACGAAUCCUGUUAAGAAUUUAACAUGCAAGUUUUCGCAGCCAAAUCGAUUCGUAAUAGAUUUUUGGUUAGGGGCUAUGUAAUGGACUGGCCACUUCUAUGUUGGGUACUGGUCAGAGCAUUACAUGAUUUAACCCAAAUCCGUUAAGAAUGUUAGAAAUAAUAGACAAUAUUAAAUCCUUGUUCAAGGUUUUCAAUUUUCUAACACUCCUUUGGGAACAUUGGCUAUUUAAAUGGAAUUUUCCCCGCACCUCUGAUUAGCACGGUGCGUAAAAAGUUCGACAUACAUACAUUUUACAGACAGCAUUUGAGUUGUGUACGCAGUCACGUUUUACAGCAUCGAUGUUUGCCUGCCUACGCAAAGUAAAACGCGCGUAGCAUUACGCUGAACGGAAGCGGUUCAGCACGGGGCGUGACUGCAGGGAAAUAGGAACAGGGCCCGGGAAUGAAAUGAGAUUGAUCCGCUCCGGUUUGACAUCCUCCUGCUUGGCCCACUAGUCACGCGACGGACCCGUCUCACCCUUCGGGGAAACGGGAGGAGGAUGUGACAUCGCUGCUUCGUCUGAACUCGUUAACCCGGCGACCCCACACCUUACAGUGCAAAUGCUUUUGCGGGUGUGUGCAGUGCAGUCACUCCGUGUGAUGAAUGCAUCUGUGUCGAACAAACGGGCCGGAACAAGAAAACCCGCACGCAUAUGAAUUGGGCAUUUGUGCCUACGAUUGAAGCUGCGGAGCACAGAGUUGUGUGAAUGCUCGGCGCAAUGUUCCCGUGGUUUUUUUAAACGGAUAUGAUACACCCGGUUACGCAUUGGAAACGUGCGGGUUGGUACACAGGAUGGUCGAGCAGCACAAAUCCCACACGUAGAAGAACCCAUGGGUGCACUGCUAUUGUGCAUCGUAUAGCAAUGUAACAGCUAUUAUAUUUAUAUUUAGGGUCGACCAUAAGUGUUAGGUACUGCAUCGAUGUCUUGGUUUUUGCUUUAUCUCAAAAGCUGUUUAUCGCCACACUAAUCUUCACACACAGUCAUGCGCACGAUGCAUAUAACGUUGAACUGCCAUGAGCUUAUGCUGACUGGUGUAUACAAUAGAGAAUUUAAGUGAAUUUACAAUUUAUUAGCCUCGUCUUUCUUUGUGAGUAUUAUUGUGUAAUAGUUUUCCAAUGUGAAUGUUUUAAGUGCACUUUUAUUGACGCAGUUACUGAGCACAGGCCCAGAGGUCCAAAACGUCAAGCGGGCAAGCAACAAACGGGCACUGUCAAAGUUGUCAAGAGAAGUGUACGCGUUUCUUUUCAAAGGUAAACUCAAAAGUUGAGCAGUGAAAGAGAGGUAAGCGGAGAGAGAGCGAGAAGUGUUGUGGUGACCUGCGGUGUGGUGGUUGAACACCAUGUGGAUGAGACGGCACUUAUUGAAGUCGGUGGCAAUUUUGGUACGAAAGGCAUCACGCGGAUUGGCCACAGAUCCAUAAUUCAGUGCAAUGCUUUGCCUCUGCCACCUUCACCUUGGACGGUGAUUAUGUUACAAACCCUCGCACACCUUAGAGUAUUCCAGUGUGCUAGUUAAGACUAAGAUGACCGUAGUUGUGUUUGUACUUCGUGAGACCAUACGCACACAGUUUGUAUUUUUCAUUCUCAAGUUUCACGUUUAUUUUGCAUAAUCAGGUGAGAACUAAAGAGACUAGGUUGGCUUCCUGUGCUAGAGUGACCCGGGUCACCAAAAUUACGAAAAGCUUAACAUAAAAACAAAAAAAUAACAAUGAACUAAAAUAGAAAUCGGGGCAGAAACAAUGACAUUCAGAUUAGAGCAAAAUCAACCAUUUUACAAAAGAAAUUGGAAACGGUGCACAAACAAUGUUAAAUUUUGAGUAGUAAGUUGUCUUGCACAACUGAAUUUUAAAAGCAAUUCAAAGUAAAAUGAAGUUACAGGAACAUAAAUAUUAAUUUUCGGUGAAUUUGUGCACUCGUGUGUAAAGGGACGAGGUUCGAAGCCCCAUGCCAUGCAACGCCACCUUGCCAGUCCAUCACACGACUCGGACCUUGUCUCUGCUCACGAUGCGCGCUUUUAUAGUUCCCACACUUAAAAUGUUUUGCGGACUUGAGGUUUCUCUGCUAUAAUAUCUGACAUUUGAAAGGAUGCCAUGAUCAUGGGACCAGUAUACAGCACUUGGUGUGGGGUAGUGAAUGAUGGAUUUAAUUCCUUGGGUAAUAAGUGACAUUCUGUUCUUUAUUAUGUACAUUACAAUAUUUUUUUCUCACGCAAUAGUUAGGAGCAAUGUUAUGAAUGCAAUUGCUUAAAACGUUUGCCGAGUCCGCAACAUUGUUAAAUGUCAACAGCCAUUUGUUUCACACUUUAAUAGACUAAAACGAUGGCACUGUCAUGCGCACUCAACUCAUCAUAAGAAGUUAAAAUCCUGCUUGGGGGUAGACUCGGCCAUUCAUCCCUCUCGGGGGCGUAAAAUGAGCAGCACUUUGUAGGGAAUGAGCAGCGCUUGUCUCGGGGAAAGUGACUUUUUCACCACGGGGCUCGGGGGCCACCAGUGGGCCUCUUCCUCCCCACUCCCAUGUUUUUAGCAGAGAGACACUUUAACCUU